UGGCAAGGAGUUUGACGGUUAGUAGUUGUAGUCAUCUCAUCGGGAGGCUACCCUGAAACUCUCCCGGGACGUUGGAGACUUCAUUGAAGCUUUUUAACGGAACUUUUUGGAGUUAACUUGCAGUAAAGUUGAUUAUUUUUCUCUCGGAGGGUCAACGAAAACCGCAAACAUGCCUGUCUUUCACACGAAGACGAUAGAAAGUAUCCUAGAGCCCGUAGCUCAGCAGAUUUCGCAUCUGGUUAUCAUGCACGAGGAGGGCGAAGUUGAUGGGAAAGCUAUACCGGAUUUGACCGCCCCUGUCGCCGCUGUCCAAGCCGCCGUGAGCAACCUAGUCCGGGUGGGGAAGGAGACAGUACAGACCACAGAUGACCAGAUUAUGAAGAGGGACAUGCCACCCGCUUUUAUCAAAGUGGAGAAUGCAUGCACAAAGCUGGUCCAGGCGGCAUCCAUGCUCAAAGCUGACCCAUACUCUGUCCCUGCUCGUGAUUACCUAAUUGACGGCUCCAGGGGAAUUCUCUCCGGGACGUCUGACCUACUCCUCACCUUCGACGAAGCAGAGGUUCGUAAAAUAAUCCGCGUUUGCAAAGGCAUCCUGGAGUACCUGACAGUGGCUGAAGUGGUGGAGACGCUGCCUGACCUCAUCACAUACACUAAGAACCUAGGACCAGGGAUGACGAAGAUGGCAAAGAUGAUCGACGAGCGGCAGCAGGAGCUGACUCACCAGGAGCACAGAGUCAUGCUCAUAAACUCCAUGAACACAGUCAAAGAGCUGCUGCCCAUCCUCAUCUCAGGUAUUAAAAUCUUUGUGACGACGAAGACCUCUGGCAGCCAUGGAGUGGAGGAGGCAGUGAAGAACAGAAACUUCACCUUUGAGAAAAUGAGCGCGGAGAUAAAUGAGAUCAUCAGAGUGCUGCAGCUCACCUCCUGGGACGAGGACGCCUGGGCCAACAAGGACACAGAGGCGAUGAAGAGAGCGCUGGGGUUGAUCGAGUCCAAAAUGGGUCAGGCCAAAAACUGGCUGAGGGACCCCAACGCACCACCAGGAGAUGCAGGGGAGCAGGCUGUGCGUCAGAUCCUGGAUGAAGCCGGAAAAGUGGGAGAGCUCUGUGCAGGGAAAGAGAGAAGGGACAUCCUUGGAGCAGCCAAGGCCCUGGGACAGCUGACCGAUCAAGUGUCCGACAUGAGGGCCAGAGGUCAGGGGGCGUCUCCCAUGGCGAUGCAGAAAGCUCAGCAGGUGUCUCACGGACUGGACGACCUCACGGGGAAAGUGGAAAACGCCGCUCGCAAACUGGAGGCCAUGACCAACGCCAAACAGGCCAUCGCAAAGCUCAUCGACUCUGCACAGAGUUGGCUGGCUGAUCCUAACGGUGGUCCAGAGGGAGAAAAGACCAUAAACGCUCUGCUGACUGAAGCGGCUAAAAUCGCUCAGAGAUGUGAAGACCCCAAAGACCGCGACGACAUCCUGCGCUCCGUACAAGAGAUCGCCGCCAUGACUGCCAAACUGUCAGAGCUACGCAAACAGGGAAAAGGGGACACACCAGAGGCCCGAGCUCUGGCCAAACAGAUUGCGACGGCGCUUCAGAACCUCCAGUCCAAAACCAACAAAGUGGUGUCCAACAGCCGACCCGCCAAGGCCGCGGUUCACCUGGAGGGCAAGAUCGAGCAGGCCCAGCGCUGGAUAGACAACCCCAGUAUAGACGACAGUGGUGUAGGUCAGGCAGCGAUCCGCGGUCUGGUGGCAGAGGGGCGCAGACUGGCGAACGCUUUGCCCGGGCCGUACAGACAGGAGCUGGUGGGGAAAUGUGAGCAGGUGGAGCAGCUCAUGGCCCAGCUUGCCGAACUUGCCGCGCGAGGAGAAGGAGAUUCCCCCCAGGCCCGAGCAGUGGCCCAACAACUGCAGGAAGCUCUCAAAGAUCUCAAAGGGAAAAUGCAGGAAGCUAUGACCCAGGAAGUGUCCGACAUCUUCAGCGACACCACAACCCCCAUCAAACUGCUAGCUGUGGCCGCUACUGCCCCCGAGGACGCCCCCAACAGGGACGAGGUGUUUGAGGACAGAGCUGCAAACUUUGAGAACCACGCGAAUAGACUGGGAGCCACAGCGGAGAAGGCGGCCGCUGUCGGAACGGCCAAUAAGAGCACCGUCGAGGGCAUCCAGGCUGCUGUCAAGUCCACCAGAGAUCUGACCCCACAAGUGGUGUCUGCGGCUCGUAUUCUGCUGAGGAACCCAGGGAACCAGGCAGCGUACGAGCACUUUGAGGCCAUGAAGAACCAGUGGAUCGACAACGUGGAGAAAAUGACAGGUUUGGUGGACGAGGCCAUUGACACCAAGUCCCUACUGGACGCGUCUGAGGAGGCCAUCAAGAAGGACCUGGACAAAUGCCGCGUUGCCAUGGCGAACCACCAGCCUCAGAUGCUCGUCGCCGGGGCAACCAGCAUCGCUCGCCGUGCCAACCGCAUCCUUCUGGUUGCCAAGCGCGAGGUGGAAAACUCUGAGGACCCCAAAUUCAGAGAAAUGGUGGCAGCGGCGAGGGACGAGCUGAGUCAGACCAUCUCCCCCAUGGUGAUGGACGCUAAAGCUGUGGCCGGGAACAUCAACGACCCAAUGCUGCAGAAAGGCUUCUUGGACUCCGGGUAUAAGAUCCUGGGAGCUGUGGCUAAAGUGAGAGAAGCGUUCCAGCCUCAGGAGCCGGACUUCCCCCCUCCUCCUCCUCCAGAGAUCGAACAGCUCAGUCUGAACGACGACCUGGCCCCCCCAAAGCCCCCCCUGCCUGAGGGUGAGGUACCUCCUCCCAGACCCCCGCCCCCAGAGGAGAAGGAUGAGGAGUUCCCAGAGCAGAAGGCCGGGGACAUGGUGAACGAGCCCAUGAUGGUUGCAGCUCGGCAGCUUCACGAUGAGGCCCGAAAGUGGUCCAGUAAGGGAAACGACAUCAUUGGCGCGGCUAAGCGUAUGGCUCUGCUGAUGGCUGAGAUGUCUCGUCUGGUGCGUGGAGGCAGCGGAAACAAGCGCGCCCUGAUCCAAUGUGCCAAAGACAUCGCCAAAGCUUCGGACGAGGUCACGCGGCUCGCCAAAGAGGUGGCCAAGCAGUGCACCGACAAACGCAUCCGCACCAACCUGCUACAGGUGUGUGAGCGUAUUCCCACCAUCAGCACACAGCUCAAAAUCCUGUCCACGGUCAAAGCCACCAUGUUGGGUCGGACCAACAUCAGCGAAGAAGAGUCUGAGCAGGCAACAGAGAUGCUGGUGCACAACGCCCAGAACCUGAUGCAGUCUGUGAAGGAGACUGUGCGGGAGGCGGAGGCAGCUUCCAUCAAAAUCCGAACAGACGCCGGCUUUACUCUGCACUGGGUCCGAAAAACACCCUGGUACCAGUAAAACUAGUUCUCCCCUUCCCCCUUCUCUCCUGCAGGGGGCGCUGUGUGGACAGACCUGUGCUUUACCUAAGAGUGACCUGUCGUAAAUGCUGUAAUUCACGACGGGACUGAGAGAGUAGAUUCGUACUGGGAAAGUUCACUAAAAAGUAUGUAAAAAAUGUGUUUUAAGGGUUAUUUUGACAGUUCCCAGGAUAUAUAUAUUUUGCCUUGAUUUCUAAAGACAGGAAGUGCCGUAAGUUAAAUUUAGAAAGUUUUAAAAGAUCUUUGUACUGAGAAUUUUAAAGUAUCUAUUGUAAACUAAAAGCAUACAGCAGCGAAUACAAGUAUUUAAAGUUUAGCGCACGCCUUGUAAUCUAGGAUAUUUUAAUGUUUACACCAUAGACUGUAUAAAGAAGUGGACUGAGUGUGACGUCAGCCAUUUUGAACGCGGCGUCUAGCGUGUUAGCUAUGUCCAUUUAGCUAUACAGUCUAUGUUUGUAAUCUAUGAUAUUUUAACGUUUACACCAAGAAUCACCAGUAAAGAAACACAUCUAUAUACUGUAAUGUAGCAACAAAAAUAAUUUUCGCCAAAGAAAUGAGAGGGAUCUGUACCGUCAAGUGUAGCAGAACAGUGAAAAAUCUGUCUACCAAUAUGACAAUUUUUUUUUUAUGUAGUUCUCAUUGAAAUCAUGGCUUGCAGCGCUAAAAAACUCUAAAACCUUUUGGUAGAAUUUUCGUUUUUUUACUUGCAUACACCGGUUAACUGUGCCUAAGUUAAGUUAAGAUUUGUUCCAUCCUUCAGUGCUUAAUUAAACUAAAGGUUCACUGUGUAACUUUUCUAGUGGAGGUUCUGUUGCCUUGAAUGUUCCACCUUAUGGCAUUACACUUGUCUACCUAGCAUUUAAUUAAUUAUGGGUGUUUUUAUUACUCAAAAACUACCUACGCAAUGGAGGACAUGGAGAUCAGACUGAUAUCAAUCUAAAAACUACAGAGAUGUCAGUCUGGAUUCGCCAGGCAACCAGAUCUGACCUGUAACUUGGCCUGUUGGUGUCACUUGCUUGUCUCAAUGGAGAUGCAUAAGUUACUGUGGAACAUUCCGGGAAAAGUAAUAACAUCUCCAUGGAGACUAGCAGAUGGCAGACUCACUAACAUUAAAAAAGUUAUAUAGUGUACCUUUUAAGUGUACUUUUUUUUUUUUUUUUUUGCGUGUCCUUUUAUUAUUACGUGCUUACAAUCAAAUAUAAUCAUGGCCCAUUCAUUUUUCAUGUCUAUAAGCCUUAUUUUCAUUACCAAGAGUACCACCAACCAAUAAUAUGCUUAAUAAUGUAAUAGAGCUGUGUAAUAUAGAGUGUUUUUCUUGCAUUGUGUGUGUGAGAGAACAUAUUUAAAGGGCAGUUUGAGGGACUAAACCUCGAGGCGUUCUACUGCUCAUAGCACAAUUGUCAACCAUUUUGUUACACGAUACUGUAAAAAAAUGCACACUUGUUGUAGGUUGUUAAGGGAAUGGCUUACAGAUCAAGCACAGUGUCCUUUAUAACUUUAUUAUAAUACUUACACUAAAAAGCAGCUGCGGUUUGUGGCUGUUGUAGUUUAUUUUUGAAUCUUUAAAAUGUGCUCUUUUGACUUUCUUAUACAAACUGUGCCUUCAAAAUGGACUUGAUUUCCAGCUUUUCUUUAGCGAUGUUUUGUAUUACAGUGUUGACUUGUUUUACACUUGUUAUACAUAAUUUGUCUAUUAACUAACUCCUGCUUCUCGACUUCGACAGAGAGUCUAACUGAACGCUAUGCAAACCUGGUUUAGUCAAAGAAAUUAUGCAAAAUUGAGUUGCGUUCACAUAGGGCUGUUUUGCUAUGACAAUAUUCACUUUUUGUAAUAAAGCAUUUUAUAGCACUCUGAA